AUGAUCUUCCUCUACCCCAUCGCACUCGUUGCUGCGCUGCUCUUCAGCGCGCUCACCGACGUCUCAAUUUCUCUCCUCGCGCCAACGCUCGCUCGCUUCCAUAUUCCACUCCUUGGCGGCACACUGGCAUCAUACGGCUUCUCUUUUGCAUCACUAUCUCUAGGCGAACCUGUUUCUCUGGACAACAACUCGUAUCACUAUGGCUCCUGCGUCGACUCGGAGUGCUUCCCGCUCGCCUUCGCCGUCUCCUCUGCGCCCGCCAUAGUCGACUACCUGCCGCCCACUCUUCUGCAGGCCUCCGAGUACACACCCGCGCCGUCUCUGCAAGCAUCCUUCGCCAGCUGGUCUGGAACACUCUACCACAGCCCUACCAUCGUCGCCGUCCUCGCCGCCAUGUACUACAUCUGUAUGAUCUGGGCCACCGUCUCUGUUCCUUUCUUCUCCUGCGUCGCCGACACCCUCGACCUGCAACAACCUAACUCGUCUUGGUCGCUUGAUUCCCCCGCAUCGCCCGUCAAGUCAUUGUGUACCGUCCGCCAUCCUUCGACGUGCGCUCCGCAACGCCUUUCGCUCGACGGAGCGACGCAGCUCUGGGAUCUUGUACCUGUUUCUUUGACUGCUCCGCGGCGCGCUCAGGCGGUAUCCCGGCCGGUCUUGCUCAUCCUACCGCCUCCCCCGCCACUGUCGCUUCCGCCCAGUCCGACAUUGCCGCCGCCAACACCACCACUACCGCCUCCAACACAACUACUACCGCCUCCAACACCACUACUACCGCCUCCAACACAACCACUACCAUCUUCAACACCACCACUACCGCCAACACCGCCAACACUUCCUCCGCCACCAUCGCCUCCUCCACCAUCGCCACCGCCUCCUCUGUCACCACCUCCGUCACCGCCGUCGGAGCCUCUACCAGAGCCCGCGAAGAAGAAGAGGCACAGAGGGACCCGUGGGGGGAAACGUGAACAGCAUCGCAAACUUGCUCGGGCUGCCGCCGCCGCCGCCGCCGCCGCUGCUGCUGCUGCUGCUGAAGCCUCCCUCGCUCAAACCAAACAAGUCACCGACACCCCUCCAGACCCCACGUUCACCACCGACGGCAGGGGUCAAGUUAUCAUCGCACACCACCCCGACGCCGCCCCCGCCCACCCUCCGCCUCCCAAACGAGCACUACCACCGCCUCCACCACCACCACCACCACUUCCACCGCGCCAGACAUAUCUUUCGCCACCCCCUCCCGCUCCUCAGCCCCCUACGGCACCAACCGACACCAUCAUCGGGCGCCCGUAUUCGCACUGCGACCCCGCGCUGCACACCUCUGCGGUUACAACCUUCCACAGCAGGAACGCGCCCACACAAACACUGGCGAUCGUCACCGUCCGAGUCUUGCCGACGGGCAAGCUCAACCAACACCCUCGAUAG